UUUAAUAUACAUAACAUUGCGUAUGUGUAUAUUAUAGCUGUUCAAUCCCGGCUCCACUUUAUACAUAUUUAGUGCAACACAAGAAGUGAUUCUCUAAAACCACUCACUUCUUCUUCCUCUCCAGGAAAAUAUAUAUGUAGCGGAAAAUAAGGAAGGGAAGCAUUAAGCAGAAAUUACGGGGAAAUUUGUAAUCAUACCAAAUACAGCAGAGACACAGAAAAAUAAACACAAAUUCAUUCCAAAAUAAUUGCACCCAAUUGAGGAACAUCCACACAAAAUUGUUAAAAAGUGUAAAGUGUUUCUCGUGCUCUUGAGGAAUUAAUAGUGCUGAGUGAUCCAUUUAAAAUCAUUCACAGUUGAUAUUUAUUGAUACAUAUUUGCUGUUUCAUCCACUUUGCAAGCACUUAUUCUUGAGAUUAAGAAUUGUGAAUGAAGAUCAAUGGGUAUUAGCACUCUCAUCGUGGAGUGUGAGUGAUCAAACGAAGCAUCAACACGGAGUGGGAUCUUUGAGAGUUUAGCAAGAGCUGCAGUGACGCUCAUAUCUCCCUUGUGGUGGCAACAUGAAGAGGAUGCUGAAGAUGAGAGAUGCCGUGGCUAUUUUGGUACCAGCCGUACUAUUUGUACUGCUGCAAACAGCUGUUCGUGGCGUUGACUGUGUGAAAGUGUCAUUCUAUGGUGCCAGUCAUAUUGCCAUGCCCAUGCAGGAGGCAAAGAGUUCAACAAAUAUUCGUCUGCGAUUUCGCACCAUGCUCCCUGAUUGCUUCAUCUUCCUUGCGGCUGGCCGAACGGAUUAUGCGCUAAUCAACUUGGAGAAUGGUCGCAUUAAGUUUAUCUUCAAAAUUGAGGACUUUAUCACAGAAUUGUGGUCUCCGAAGAAUAUCAUCUUUAACGAUCUCAACUGGCACGAGAUCGCCAUACAGCGCUAUGAUUCGAAUAUCACAAUGCAAGUUGAUGAGCAUUUUAACCGGAAAACCGUCCCAUCACGUAUUGGCGAGCUCAAUAUUCACUUUGGCGUCUUCCUCGGAGGCGUUGGAGACUUCUCUCAGGCGUACUUAAACACCGUGAAUAAUUUCCGUGGAUGCAUGUCUGAUACCUACUACAACAACAUAAAUGUCUUCAAACGUGCUAAAGAAAGAACAUCCCACGUUGCAAGUGUACGCGUUAGUUGGGCAUGUGCUGCAGAAUUCGAUGCUGAUCACCAACAGAGUGUGAGCUUCAUCGAAGAUGACUCCUUUAUGGUUCUAGGAAAAGGAACGUCGUAUUCGGGAGAUAUUUGGAAUAUUGAAUUUCGUACAAUUGAAGUGAUUUCCAGUGUCCUCUACAACGUGGCGAAUAUGGAUUUUAUAUCAUUAGAAAUUGUUGAGGCGAAAUUACGUCUCUUAGUUGGAAAGGGAUCAAAUGCUGUUGAAUUGAUUCCCGAUCGUAAUGUUUCAGAUGGAAAAUGGCACAAUGUGUCCAUUCUCUAUAGCCCUAUGAUAGUGGAAAUAAUGGUGGAUGAUGUUAAGAAUGCAGCAAGUUUUGCAAAUGGGAGUAGUCAAGUAAUUGAUCUGAGUGAGCAAUUUUACAUUGGAGGAUUAGAUAUGAAUUUAAGGAAGAGGGCUAAUGUUAAAGGAUCACGAGCAGCUGAAAGUAGUUUUCGUGGCUGUAUGAAGAAUAUCAAAGUAAAUAAUCAAUUGGUUGGAUUUCCUGACAUGAAAGUAACUCAAGGAGUUACAGUUGAUUGUGUUUGGAGGUAUCCUUGCAUUGAGAGGCAACCUUGCAUCAUUGGGAGUAUAUGCCAACCGUAUGCUAUUGAUGAAUUUAUCUGCCAUUGCAGCCAAGCAUUUUGUAUAAAAAAUGAUUUUUUGGAGCGAUAUAAGAUAUUUUCAAGAGCCGAUCUUCCCAUUGAUAUAGAACUCUUAGCCGUGUCACCUAUGCAGUUAAUGGAAGGAGACAGCAUAUUCCUUUCACCAGCCUACAUUGAGGUAUUGUUUGACUACACAAAGCUUGGACUCAUGGAGGCAGGUGUCAUCUUCCACAUAGUCCAACCCCCAAAACACGGAACUAUAAGUAUUGCUCCAUUCACAAAUGACGGCAAUGAGACGAGCAGUAAACUCUUCUCACUUAUGGACUUGAGUACUGACAAGGUGAAGUACACCCAUUCCGGAAAUGAACAUUUUAUCGAUCAUAUCACAAUUGAUAUGCAACUGGUAUCCCCAAAUAGGGAAUCCAUUCCAGACUACAUCCAAGGGAAGCAUAGAUUUGUUCUUCAUGUUAACAUAACAGCCGUUAAUGAUGCCCCAUCACUCUACAUUCCGCACAAUAGAAUGCUGAGACUCACCCAAGGGAUACCAAAAGUUAUUGGAUCUGAUCUACUACUGGCAUCAGAUCCCGAUAGUCCUGAUAGUUCGUUAAUGUAUACCUUUCUACCGUCUCCGCAUCCAAAUCGAAUUGUGGGAAAAUUGGAAGUUGCAGGAAAAACUGUUACAACUUUUUCACAAUCGGAUGUUAAUCAAGGACAUGUUACCUACACAAUUGAGUCUGAUACUCCUGAAGAUACUUUAAUGGAAAUUGCAAUACAGGUUUCCGAUGGCAUGGAAACAAGUCCAACGACAAAUAUGAAAGUUUCCGUACUACCCCUUCAACUACGCAUGAUCAACAACACAGGACUCAUUCUUGUACACAAAUCCUAUGCUCUCAUAACACCGUGGAAUCUUUCUUUUGUCUCCAACUCCGAUGAUGAUCAAUUGGAUGUGAAAUUCGACGUAGUACGUCCACCGCAAUAUGGAAGUAUUCAAAAGCUCAGAACCGUUGAUUCUUCAUGGAUCACCGUGGAUUCCUUCACGAGCAAUCAAAUGAUUUUGGGACAAAUUCGUUACCUUCACACAGCUGAAUUUCCACAGCAUGAUGACUUUAAGUUUACCGUCUCAUUUGCACCCAUAACAAUGUCCAAAUCCUACGAUUUUCGAAUAACAUUCACGAAGCUUAAAAUUGGAAUACAACGUCAGGAGAAUUUGUACAUAAAUGGGACGAGUGAUGUGGCCAUUAAGAGUGAUAACUUGUACCAUCAAACUCUCCCACUUCCAACAUUUUCCCGGAAUAUUAUUUACAUUGUAUUGAAGCCACCAAACUACGGUAUUAUCUAUGUAGAUGGAUACCCUCAAGCUGCUAAGGAAAUGGACUCAUUCACACAGCAAGAUAUUGAUAAAAAUAUCAUAAGAUAUCGUACAUUCCACACUUCCUAUUCAAGUUUCGUGGAUGUAUUUGAAUUUGCCGUUUCGGUUCCGGAAUGUGAAGAUAUUUCCGGGAAAUUAAAUAUAAUUUACAAUCCCCUACAGGGCCAAUCGAAUUCUCUGAUGUAUCAGACAAAAGAAAAAAUUGUCGUUAAUGAGGGAAGAGCUGCACUUAUAACGACUAAUCACUUUGAGGUAGUCUUUGAUCACUUCAAAGAUCUCACUUUUAACGUAUCUCAUCCACCGAAGCACGGCUCAAUUUGCAACUACGAUGAAGCUAACAUUAAAAUAAAUAUUAUGGACUCUUUUACAUACGAUGAGGUACUCUCGAGGAAUGUUUACUACUGCCAUGAUGAUUCGGAAUCAGCACAGGAUACCUUCACAAUUCUCGUUCUAUCGGAUGCCGAAUCAAAUUUUCAAUUUGUCUGCGAAGUAAGUGUUGAGAUUAAAUUAGUUAAUGACAAUGAACCCUAUAAUGUGCACCAUAAAGUGUUCUACAUUGUCAAAGAGGAAAGUAAGACACUGUCGCGUAGUGAUCUCGAGUAUGGGGAUCACGAUCUCGAAACAGGUGCACAUAACAUAUUUUAUUCUCAAGUCACUGUGCCAAAUGGAAUGAUGUACAAGGAGGGUGUCGAGACGAAUUUCUUCACACAGCAAGACAUCAAUGAUCGUCGUGUUAUGAUCACGCAUCACGGUGCUGAAUAUGGGAAGAUUACAUUUAUUGUGUCGGAUGGUGUGUUUGAAGUUCCUGGAUUUUUGGAGAUUCAAGCUUCGGAGCCAUUCCUCAAAGUACGUGACUCAAAUGCUUCUGUUGUGCAGGAGGGACGCUUCAUCACGAUUACUCACAAUGAUUUGUCCAUUGAGACAAAUUUGAAUGCGGAACCCGAUGAAAUUGAGUACAGGAUUACGGGUGAGCCUAAUUUUGGAACAAUUAUGGCUUUGAAGAGAAAAUUAAAUGCAACAAUCUUGCCGAGAAAUCUCAAUGUGACAUCUAUUAAGAAUUUUACUCAGGGCAAUGUGAAUGAGGAGAAGAUCAUUUAUUGGAAUACUGAAGUUGCAUCUAUGGACAAGAUAAGGUAUCGCGUGGCAGCGAAAGGAAUUUGGACUGAAGGUGAACUCCUUAUUCGAAUAUAUCCAGCUGCUUAUUGGGAUCUACUGCAAAUCCGAAGGAAUCAAACGUUGUUUGUUGAAGAGUCUACAAGUGUGAUCAUAUCUAGGGAUAUUUUGGAGAUUGUUCACCCAAAAAUAUCUCCAGGUGAUAUUACGUUCCUCGUGACCACAUCCCCCCAACAUGGAUAUUUGGAAAUUCAAUCAAUUACACUGGACGACGAAUACAACAGCAAAGUUUUCGAUCAGAGUACAAUUAAUGCUGAAAAAAUGUUCUACAUCCAAGCAGGAGUUAAUCAAUCUUCUGAUUACUUUAUCUUUGAUGUAACCAAUGGCAUCACUUGGUUGCGUGAUCUCAAACUAAAGAUCAUUAUUAUCCCGGAAAAUUUAUACAUUUCAACACGGACAAUCCUUGUUGAAGAAGGUGGGGCAGUAGCAUUGUCUCCAGAUGAUAUGAUCCCUUUCUCCGAAUUUUACUAUGGAAAAAUACUCGAAUACAAAAUUCUUCAGCAGCCACAAUUUGGCAAUAUAAAAUCCGGGAAAUCUUCUAAAGUUAACAGAUUCACGCAGAAACAAUUAGAGGCUGGGCUCAUUAUGUACUAUCACAAUGGAAGUGAAAAUUCCUCUGACACUAUUCUCCUAAUUGCUGUGGCGAGAAAUAAGGAAAGUGUUCCAUUCUAUCUCCAUGUUGCGAUCCUCCCGGUGAAUGAUGAAGUACCGCAGGUUGUCACAAAUACUGGGCUUCAAAUGUGGACUGGUGGUCGGAGCACCAUUCGACGGACUGAUCUCAUGGCACAGGACUAUGAUACUCCAGCGGAGGAGUUAAUUUUUGUAGUGCAUGAGGUGGUAGGAGGUGUCCUAACUUUGGAUGAUGCUAGAGUCUCCCAUAAAGUCAUUGGGAAUUUUUCACAGCGACAAAUUGAUGAUGGAAAUGUUUAUUUUACUCAUAACAGCUCUUUCUCAAGUGGUCAGUUGACCUUUUUCGUUACUGAUGGGGUACAUAACACCUCAAGGCAAAUACUUUACAUCACGGUUAAUCCCGUGUCUCUCGUUCAAGUAAGGAAUGAACAUCUUCACGUGUUCCCAUUGACGAGAAAGCAAAUCCUUCCUGAGCAGCUGUAUUUUAAGUGUACAGACGAAGAAAGAGCAGUGAGAUAUGUAGUAACUAUCCCGCCGCAACUUGGAAGGAUACUGUAUGAGUACUCGGAAAAUGGGAUGGCAACUGAAGUGUCAGAAUUCACACAUAGUGAUAUAAGAGCUGGAAAAAUACUCUACGAGCAUACGCACACAAUGCUGGAGCUAAAGACUAAUGAUUCAUUCUACUUUGAUGUCAUCUCCAAUCAUGCUAAUAGUCUGAUUGAUCAAAUUUUCCAAAUUGACAUAUCAGUGUCAUCAGGAGGUCUUCUGAGAUUUCUUCCAGUUCCACGAAUAAGUCUUGACGAAGGGGAAUUAGCACCAAUAAAGCUGGAUCUAUCGAAGGUGCUUGAGUAUCUGGAAACAAGAGCUGGUAUUCAUGAUCCUGAGCUCUACAUUGAACCCUUCGUACCAAAUCAUGGCGUUGUAGAGAUCAUUGAUGGGAAGAUGAAUGCAUCCAAUAAUCGUCUUACUCUUCAAGAUUUCAACAACAACCGUGUUUACUACAAACACGAUCAUUCGGAUACAGUUGAAGAUCGUCUCUUGAUGUCAGUUUACCUACUACAGGGGCAUAUUUUCUUAUGCAAUCUCACAAUUCCCAUCAUAAUCAAUCCAAUCAAUGAUCAACCUUUUCAGUUGAUCACGCAAUCUCCGCAUAUUUCAGUUGUAGAAGGAGAGAAUAAGACAAUAACCAAGUCGGAGCUACUAACUCAAGAUGCAGAUACGCCAUCAUCGGAGAUUGUCUACGACAUUAUAAGUGGUCCAACUGUUGGUGUUCUCUUCAAGGUGUCAGAAGAAGGAAUUGCCCAGGACAUCAUGACCUAUGGCAAUCAAUUCACUCAGUUGGAUAUAGAUGAGGGAAGAGUAAUAUACAUCCAUUCUGGAAGAGCACAGUCAACCACGUUCUAUUUCAAAGUCUCCGAUGGUGAGUUCAAGCCUGCCUAUGAAAUCUUCAACAUCAACAUUCUCCCCAUAACGAUAACCGCUGGCUUCCAAAAUGACGCCAUACUUGUGCCACAAGGAAUUUCAGCAGCACUAAUUGAACAGAGGCACCUGUACAUUGAGACGAAUGUUCAUAAAACCCGACUUAUGUACAACAUAACAAUGACACCUACGGCUGGUCUUAUUCUACGCAAUGAAAAGCCCGUUUUGCGUUUUAGUCAAAUGCAAUUGGUUGAGCAUGAGAUCUCCUACAUGCAAACUGAUCUAUCACGAUCAAAUGAUACAUUCCAAGUUACAGCCUAUAUUUCAGACACCAACUAUGGGGGAGUGAUCACAGUUAAGGUGAUCGUACAUCCUUUCAUAGCUCUCAAUGCUAUUACAGUAACAGCAGGUGAUAAGAUACGAUUGAGUACAUCUGCUAUAUCGCAUCAUUCUUCAAAUCUAAAUCUCAAUAGAUAUAAUCCCAAAUUUACCAUCACAACUAGAGCAAAGCAUGGCAAAUUGAAGAAGAUCACUCGAACAACUGGAGAUGGUGAAUCCUACAAAGACAAGGACAUUACAUCCUUUACGUACAAAGAACUAAAGAGUGGCGUCAUUUACUUUGUGGCUAAGAAAUUCCCUGAUGAAGAUCUCUACACUAUUACUGAUAGUUUUGACUACGUACUGCACAUUAAGUCUGUUCAACCUGCUCAGGGGACAGUAAUUAUUACGAUCAAUUCGCAUGAUCUCGCAACAGAGGAAAAUGGAAUAAUGGUUGCAGAUUCUAGCUUACCAAUUAACUACGUGCUUAUCGUAUGUAUUGUAGCAGCCAUUGUUGUUCUCUCCUUAAUCCUUGUUGUCAUCAUAAAAUGUCGAGCUGCCAGUAAAGUGGCAAAAUCUAACAAAAAGGACUAUCCACCAUCACUGCCACGACCACCAGACUUCCUUCCAUACGGCGUCCGUGUGAACACUUCGUCAGAUCCUGAAUCAAUCCCAGCUACAGCUGCAUCAACUCCCCUUCCUGGAUUGAGCAAUGUUCCCCAGUGCAAAGUAAUUCCAAUUGGAUUUGAUCCCAAUGAUUUCCAGGAUACGGAGUCUGAUAUAGCGGAUUUAAACCUUCCGGAUCCGCAGCACUCCCUGCAUUAUCCAUAUGGGGAUGACAAUGAGAAUUGGUGCCCUAGCUACGAUGUCUGCAAUGACAUUAACUACACUUCGUUAGCACAGCCACAGCAACCGCCUACGCCACAAGGAACGAAUCCCCUACUUAGGCGAAAUCAGUACUGGGUGUAGUUUUAUGAAUUUCUCUCAUUUUUAGGGCGAAAAUGACUUAUUUUCUUAAGCAAAAAAAAUUAGUCUUGAAAAAUUAAUCUAUGAGAUUGGCAUUUUGUAACAAAUUAUGGUAAUUUAAUCGACAAUAUUCAAUGUCAAUCAAAUCGCAUUGUACUGAAGUAAUCCGUACCAAAAAUACUUACAAAAAUGAAACUAACUACUUAUUAGUUAAUUUUAUACCUAAUUAUUAAAUCAUUUUUAGUUUAAGUUUUUCAUACAAUGAAUAAUCCAAAAUCAAAUUUCAAUGCCAAUAAUACCAAAGCUAUUUGAAAACGAAAAUUGUUUAAAAAAAUCUAAUCUAAUCUAAUCCAAAGGAAACCAAACAUAUUUUAUUCUAAAAAUAAAAUUUAUUUAUUAAGGAAUGAUCUUAUAGAUUAGGUAAUUAAAAAAAUAAAUGACUUUGUCUGUCUAUUCAUUGAAGGAAAACUCAUUAGGUACCUAUAUGAUUUUUCCUAGAUUUUAUAUUACAAAUUCAGUUAAAAAUAGUUGGUUUAUUACUUUUGUGAAAUACCAACUUAUUAAAUGAGCAUAUUGAAACAAUUUACAAUAAGUAAUUUUAAUUAAGUUUACCUGAAAGGGUUAUUUCUGAUUUUUAUUACUUAUGAUUUUUUAAUUGAAACAGUUAAGUACUUAGCACAAGAUAUAAGUAGUUUUAUUUUACAAUGCAAUUAGAAUUAUUUUUAAACAAAAAAAAUAUAUAAAACAAAAUUAAGAUUUUCUUUUAUAAUUUAAUCAAAUUAUUUUGUGAUAUUGAUUAUAUUCGGUAUAUUAUAUAGAAUUAAUAAAGUCAAAUUAUUAAAAAGUUGCAUUUCAGGUAAUUUAGCAAAUACAUAUUACUUUGAAAGCACAUUUUUAUGCUCUUACUUAUAGAAUACAAAUUAUUGCCACUAAUGAGUAAUACAACCUAAAACAUUUUUUCCUUAAAAGAUAGCAUUUCUAGGAUAGAAGUCCUUAAGCGUAGUGCAAAAAUGUGUGUAGGUAAUAAUACUUUACACUGUAAUUUAUACUAUAUUUUGAACAACUAACAAAUUUUUGUGAUGGGAGUAAUGACUUUCAAUAUAGAAAGUUUUUUUUUGUGAAAAA